CAAAGCAAAGCAAAGCAAAGCAAAGCUAGGAGCAACAAGGAGAGAGUCGGAGAGGGAUUAUCAGUAAACUAUGCGUAUCUGCAUGUGACAUGGCAGCAAAAAGUAUCCAAACUGUUUCUCCUUUGUCUCGAGCUCAGCGGUUCGUCUGCUUCUACUACACGAAGGCCUGAAUCAAUCUAAAGUUUAUGUUAGCAGUCUGACGUUAGCUCCUGCGGCUAGCUAACUCCUGCUGGUGACUUCAAACAACUUGUCAACAGCCGAUCGAUCCGGGGACAAGACUCAGGACUGUUUUCGCCACUUGUUUGUUUAGCCUGCUGGCAGUUUCUUCAGCGAAAAAAUCUUCCGAAUCAGCGGCAGCAUUGAGAGAGUGGAGCUAUGAUGGCAACGUGACAGGAGGAGAGCCGCUGAGUCAGCUUCAACAGCCGCCAUGGAAGGGUUUCAGCAAACUGAAACAGAGCAGCACGACAGGGUGAACGGCUACUCUGAACCUAAAUCCCCCCAGGACACAGCUGAUGUCAGGUGGACACCACCGCAGGGAGAGUCUGGAGGUUCAGACAGCUGUGGGGGGACAAGUGUUUCAGAGCUCACAGACCUGCAAGAAUUGAAGGGCAGGGAAAGUGAGGAUGAGGAUGACAGGGAGGAUACAGAGGUAGUUUCUGCCUCUGACGGCCUGAAAGGGGACCAGAAGAAAAAAGAGAAAGAAAGUGUGGCUCAGGAGGAGAACAAUCACAGCACGCAAAACAGCAGCGCAGCAUCCAGCUACACAGACCUAUCCCACACCUCGUCGCCCUCGCUAUCUGAACAGUUGCGCCUGGGCCGAGAAGACAGCACUGGAUCAGGGAUCAGUGUGGAGUGUAAGGUCUGUGGAGACAAGGCCUCUGGUUUCCACUAUGGCGUCCAUGCCUGUGAGGGCUGCAAGGGCUUUUUCCGACGAACUGUGCGGAUGAAACUCGAAUAUGAUCGCUGCGAGCGGUCCUGCAAGAUUCAAAAAAAGAAUCGAAACAAGUGCCAAUAUUGUCGCUUCCAGAAGUGCCUGUCUUUGGGGAUGUCUCAUGAUGCGAUCCGAUACGGACGUAUGCCUGAGGCAGAGAGGAAGAAGCUGGUUGCAGGCCUGCUUGCAGAGGAACUGAACCUCGGCAAACCAGGUGGCUCUGACCUGAAGACCUUGGCAAAACAAGUCAACACAGCCUACUUGAAGAACCUCAGUAUGACCAAGAAGAGGGCCCGCAGCAUCUUGACGGGCAAAACCAGCAGCACUUCGCCGUUUGUGAUCUACGAUGUAGACACACUCUGGAAGGCAGAAAGUGGUUUAGUUUGGAGCCAGUUAGUUCCAGGUGCGCCCCUGACCAAGGAGAUUGGGGUCCAUGUGUUCUACCGCUGCCAAUGCACUACAGUGGAGACUGUGCGAGAGCUCACAGAAUUUGCCAAGUGCAUUCCAGGGUUUGUGGACCUCUUCCUCAAUGACCAGGUGACUCUGCUGAAGUAUGGCGUGCAUGAGGCUAUUUUUGCCAUGCUGCCCUCUCUCAUGAACAAAGAUGGGCUGCUGGUGGCCAAUGGUAAAGGCUUUGUGACCAGGGAGUUCCUGCGCAGCUUAAGAAAGCCCUUCAGUGAGAUUAUGGAGCCCAAGUUUGAGUUUGCUGUCAAAUUUAAUGCUCUGGAGCUGGAUGACAGUGACCUGGCCCUGUUUGUUGCUGCCAUAAUUCUGUGUGGAGAUCGCCCCGGCCUAAUGAACGUGAAGCAGGUGGAGCAGAGUCAAGACAGCAUCCUCCAGGCCCUGGACCUUCACCUACAAGCAAACCACUCUGACUCAGUCUACCUCUUCCCCAAGCUGCUGCAGAAGAUGGCCGACCUCCGUCAGCUGGUUACAGAGAAUGCUCACCUUGUCCAAAAGAUCAAAAAGACUGAGUCAGAGACCUCGCUGCACCCUCUACUACAGGAGAUCUACAAAGACAUGUAUUAGUAUUCAGCACAGCCUGCUUUUAGCAAUACUGUUACAAACUGAGUUGACAUUUAUACAAAUACACUGCAUUCAGUUCGAACACUGUUCCACGUACGGGCAUGGAUUUUAAAAGGUGCAGGUGAAGCAAAAUCACGUGGUAGGGCUAAAAACAAUCAGCAAAGUCUUCUCAAUGUCAGCAUUACCCUCAGCACAGCAAUGUGUGCAUGUGAGCAUGUGUGUGUGAGAAAGAGAAAGAGAGAAUGAGAGCGAGAUGAGCAUCUGGAAUCAUUUGCUGAAAGUCCUAGUUUCCCACAAAGUUCACUUAACAGAGAGAAUGGUAUGUUUUCUCACUAAGCUGCUCCUAUUACAUCCUAAUAGCAAAGCUGACCCCAGAGCAGUGUCGAGAGAGCUCACCUUAGCUCUGUUUCCAGUGCGGGGAAAGCAUUUCAUGUUCUGACAACAAUGGCAAAGAUGAUUCAGAAACAAGCUUUCAUUUCACACUGUGCAAGAGUUUCUUAAAAUGCCAUUGGUUGAAUGAUUGUUUCCAGACUUUUGGUAACGCUGAAGAUGCACAAAUUUGGUUUUUGUUUACAUCAUCAUCAUCAUCAUUGACAUUUUUUCAUUAUCAAAACUGCUCGCUACUUUGCCAUGUGGUUACUAGAACACAAACUGGGCUGGGUCCAGCGGUAUAGAUCUCUCUCAAAGCAGCUGUCUGUGCAAUACUCGUUUUAUUUACCAUUUGUCAAUAAAUGUGGAGACCCAAGUUACAUAGGUUUUGUCUUAAAGCCAUAUACCUAAGUGGUAACUUAAUAUGGACUAUGCUGCACAGAUUUUGUUUCUGAAGCUGACACUAUAAACACAUAACCCAUCGAAGUACAAGGGACCGCAUGUUUUUUUGUUCUUUAUGUUGACAUUAUCAUAAACUUGCCAUUUUAUGGUUUUUCUUAGUUUUAUUUGUAAUUAUGUUACUAAUUAUUUGUAAUUGUUGAUCAUAUUUGUUAGGACGAAACAAGAAUUUAUCAUAUAUAUCAAGUAUUUUCUUUUGUAUGACAUACCUGCUUAUUUAGUUUAGGUUGUACCAAAUAUAUCCUCAAGCAUACCAACAAACUUUUCCCUGAUGAGGAAUUUGGUUUCACGCCUUACCAGGAUUAACAUUAAACCAGCACAGAGUACAACAUUGUCAUUAUAGAGCAUUCAAAGGUUACCAUCCAUCAUCUGAUAUCAUAAAUCUUGUCUGUAUUCACCCAAGAUGCAACCAGUCCUAAGGUCAUACCCUUUUGUGUGCUGUCUGAGAGUUACAUCAUGUAACAGCCUUACAAUACUGUAGCCAGGAUUCAUGUUCUUCACUUUAUUCUGCCCUCUGUAGUGCUUUCUUUUCUACUGUACUUAACUCUGAUUGGACAUAUGUAUGUCAGCACUGGUGCACACAGUCCUCUCCUUCUGUGCUCUUAUUCUGUCUUGAUCCCUAUCUACCUCUAAUGUAUGAUCUCUGACAUUAUUCCACCGUCUCAUCUUAUCUCUCACUGUUUUGUUUUGUUUUGUUUUUUUUGCCUUAAAUUCUGCUGUUGGUGCAACUUUGAUAUUGACAGAUGUGCAGUGUGCCAAGCUAUAGCAGAGUGUGGACGGAUAAAAAAAGAAAGUACACCAAAAAAGUUGUUGAUGUAAGCUACCUCUAUGCCUGUGUAACUGAUGAAUUGACAUAUUUUUCACAAAACGUGUUAAGACUUGAAUUAAUUUCGUCUUUAUAGUCACCUGUAACCAAUAUGCAGAUCUAGUUUAGUCACAUCUCACUUAUAAACUUUAUUAGAAACAUUAA